AUGCAACUCCUCCCCAUCCUCCUCCCUCUCGCCCUCACCCUCAUCCUCACCUCCCUCCCACUCACCACCGCCUCCCCUUCAAAUCCAGACCCCUCCUCCCCCUCUACUCCUUUCUCACAGCCCGAAUCGCCCGCCCUCCUCAACCGGCAACUCGCCGCCGGCGGCGGCCUCGCAGCCACCACGCUCGCGCCCUCACAAUACCCGAUCUCCACCACAGCCGGCAGCCUCUUCACCAUCAACGGCGUGACGAGCGCGACGUGGAAGCUGUACGUGCAGACGUUUGCGACUACCGCGCUGGGGACUUGGGAACUGGGGCCUACGCCGGGGGUGGGGAGUAUUGGGUUGGGGGAUAUUGAGGGGACGGUUGGGGGGUUGAGGGACGGGGGGACGAAGGGGAAGAGGGAUGAGAGGUUGGGAGAGGGGAUUAGGGCGAUUGAGACGCCUGUGCCGGUGGCGUAG